CGACUGAUUCAAACGGAGAUAAAGGUGGCAAGUUCGUAGUUUAUCCCCAUUUGUCACGAUCGAGCUUUUGACUUGCAGGGACGAAAAACUAGGAAUAUCCGCGGGCACCAAUGAAAGCCGGCCUCCACCAGGUUGCCCGCGUGUCCAACAGUUCUUCCUCGUCUCGCCCGACCACCACAUUCGGACGUCUCUUGGACGCCCAAGACUUCGUUCGGAGCUUUUAAGUUGUGAGUGGGCUCUACAAAGGAAGAGGAGGAGACCUGCGUUCUUGGCUUAGAAGCUGUAGCCCAGCGAUGAGGAGCAUCGUUGUGCUGGUAGCAGGAUUGGUUCUGGGUUGGAUCGACAGAGCUUUGGAUUUGAGCAGGACUUUCUUGGUGAGAUGGAUAGGGGUGAAGAGGCUGCACUGGAUCUCCAAGCAUCUGGUGCCGUGGAGCUUGCUAUAUUGGAUUGGUGGGACUCUCCGGCGGAACUUUGUGAUGUGGAGGAACUGUGGUGUCAUUUUGGGGGUCGUGCUACUGACCUGGAAGACGCAGUCGCGGCUGCUGGGCAGCUCGGGUAAUGGCAAGAUGCAAACGAAGUGGAACGUGACAGCCGCUGUGCCGCUGCCAAGACGUCUGGUCUACGACAACGGGUUGGGAAAAACUCCGAUAAUGGGGUGGAGCGGCUGGAACAAAUACGAGUGCAAGAUCAAUGAGAAGAUCGUUUUCGGAAACACUGAUGCGCUGGUCAGGCAUGGGCUCGAUCAGCUCGGAUACAAUUACGUCAUUGUUGGUAAUAUAUCUCAAUCACAUGGUUUUUUCGGGUACUAUUUCUUGUGUUUAGAUGAUUGCUGGGCUGCUUAUAAGCGCGAUAAGCAGGGGAAUUUGAAGUCGCAUCCGACGACUUUUCCUUCGGGAAUGAAAGCACUUGCAGACUAUGCGCAUAGCAAAGGAUUGAAGUUCGGGCUUUACUCGGACGCAGGAAGGAGAACUUGUAUAGGACACCGAGCUGGCUCCGAGGACCACGAAAUCCGGGACGCCAAAACAUUCGCUUCAUGGGGCGUGGACUAUCUCAAGUAUGACAAUUGCUUCCACAAAAAACAUUACUACCCGCACCUUCGUUACCCGGUGAUGAGCGAAGCUCUUAACAAAAGUGGCAGACCGAUAUUCUAUACCAUCUGUGAAUGGGGUGAAGAUCAUCCCGCACUCUGGGCAGGCAAGUAUGCAAACUCGUGGCGCACUUCUUUAGAUGUCAAGGACAGAUGGGACCGAAUCCAGAUUUUGGCCGACGACAACAAUAUGUGGGCAGCGUAUGCUGGUCCUGGAGGAUGGAACGAUCCUGAUAUGCUUCAGGUUGGCAACGGACGCAUGAGUGUGGCGGAGUAUCGGUCGCAUUUCAGCAUCUGGUCUAUCAUGAAAGCGCCACUGAUCAUCGGGUGUGAGCUCAGGAAAAUCCGAGAGGAACACCUGGAAAUCUACAAAAACAAAGAGAUCAUCGACAUCAACCAAGAUCCACUGGGGAUUCAAGCUAGAAAAGUUAGCAGGCAGGGACGUUGUAAAUGUCGUGAGGUCUGGGCAGGGCCGCUCUCCGGCAAGAGAAUAGUUCUAGCGCUCUGGAACCGAGAUUGGCGAAGAGUUGCCAUCAAAGUGAAUUGGUUUGAUCUUGGACUGGAGCCGGGAGUGUCUGUUCGCGUUCGAGAUUUGUGGAAGCAUGAAGAUUGGAGCGAGCGACAGCAGGAUGGCUUCGAAGUCGCGAUUGAUUCCCACGAUUGUGGAGUCUACAUUCUCUCGGACGUGAGACUAACCUCGGACAACGUCUACGUGAUCGCGGACCACGUUUUCUGAAGAUGGUGAUGAUACACAAGUUUUUUGAUUCCUUGAAAAGGAAAGAAACAAAGGUUAGCAGAAGAUCCGGGAUUUCUUUUGGCUUGCUUA